AUGGCCGAUUCUGAGGAAGCACCCGCUAUGAAUAACCAUGAUGAAGAGAGUCCGGUCUAUUCUUUAACGCCUACAAAACACCUAUUGAUGCAGAGUCAGGACGUGCCGAUAACGGCGAUGAUAUAUGUUCAUGUACUCAGUACAGCGAUAAGUACGUCUGUUCAAUAUCACUCUAAAUCGUUUGUUAAAAGAACACUUUGCUAUUUCAGAGCUAAAAUAGAACUUGGCGAUGUGACACCACAUAAUAUUAAGCAAUUAAAGAAGUUGAAUACCGUCGUUUUUCCAGUUUCCUACAACGACAAAUUUUACAAAGAUGUUUUAGAGGCUGGUGAACUGGCUAAACUUGCUUAUUAUAAUGAUAUCGUGGUUGGAGCAGUCUGCUGUCGAAUAGACACCUCAGAGAAUUCCAGAAGAUUGUACAUAAUGACUCUGGGAUGUUUAUAUCCCUACAGAAGACUAGGAAUUGGCACUCUAAUGGUAGAACAUGUGCUCAAGUAUGUUGAACAGGAUGGUAAUUUUGACAGCAUUUUCUUGCAUGUACAAGUUAAUAAUGAGGGCGCAAUAGAUUUUUACAAGAAAUUUGGUUUCGAAAUCGUUGAGACAAAAGAACAUUACUAUAAGAGAAUAGAACCUGCUGAUGCACAUGUUCUGCAGAAAACUAUAAGACAACCCCAGUCCACACAGCUACUCAAUGGAACAGUUCCUCACGCGAAAACCAAUGGUCACGAUUGAAUAAAUUAAAUCCCGCUGUCUUAAUUCAGUUGUUAUUGCUAAAAGGAACAAGUGAUAAAUAACGUAAACUUAAUCAAGUCACUUUUAUAUGUACACAAUGGAAUAAAAAGACAACUGUAAUGGACGGAUUAAUAUGUAGGGUUGUGGUUGUGGACUGUUUGAGGCCAUAAAGAUAGGUUAAUAUGACUGAUUUCAUUGUAAUAUCAUUGUCGAACUUUAAUCUGUACAUAUUAUGUCAAGUACUUGCAUGUUAUUGACCAAAAUAAUCCAAUUUGCAUUUUUUUCAAUAUGAGCCUACAAUCUAAUACUUUACUGAAAUACUACCUAUGAUUUUCUAAAUAGCUUAAUGAUGUGUCUGUAAAUGAUUUUUCUCAAUUGAGAUAAUAUGUGAAUUAAUAUAAUAUCAUAGUUCUAGGUGGUUCAAACCUGGUGGCAUACAAAAAUUUGUGUCUCAUUUUCUACAGUGUAAUAAUGUAAGGUUUAUAUAAUAAGUGUAGUUCACUUCGAUUUAACACUUUAAUUUUUUUAACUCGAAAUAUCCAUAAAUAUAUUUAAAAGGUGUCACCUCGCAUUUGUUUAAAAAAAAUUGUAGAUAACUUGACAUUUUUCAACAAUACCAAUUUUUUUCGUGUGACAGUUGUUGUUGUUUUUUAUUAUGACUAUAGGUAUGUUUAUUUUAUCUUCUAAGAAAAUUUUUGUUAAAGGUAUAAAAAAAUUGUCUUUGUUAACAUUAAGUAGAAUGACAUAAUAUAUUUCUCCCAUUAUUAUCAAUAGGUGUUACCAAAAGUCAAUUUGUCUACUGUCAUAAUAUUCAAAUAAAUAUUUGUUGAUUAUCAUGUUUCUCUAAAACUUUUAGAAUUAGUACAAUAAACAUGAUUAACAUUU